UUUGGUUUAAGAAUAUGGAAGAAAGACCAGCUCGUGGGUUAAGAAGAAGAAGACUCGUCGCCAGAUCUGACUUUGUCAACUUUGACUUGGUUCCAUUCCAUUCCAUCAUUCUUCAAUAUAAAGAUCAGUGUUAUAUUCCCUUCUCAAAAAUGUAAUAAGCAAGACAAGAUCAAGAACAAGAAUAACAGAGAGAGAUCAAGAAAGAAAAAAGAAUGGCUGCUUUGUCUGAUAAACUAGCGGAUGCUUACCAGAACGCAAGGCCAAGGUACCCGAUCGACUGGUUCACGAAGCUUGCUGCUCGAACCGGUCAACACAAAUUGGCUUGGGAUGUCGGUACUGGAAAUGGUCAAGCCGCCAUUGGUCUCGCAGAGUACUUCGAGAAAGUUGUGGCUACAGACAUAAACGAAGCACAACUGAAACGAGCGGUGAAACACGAGCGAAUCAGCUACCAUCACACUCCAAAAGAGUUGUCUGAAGACAAAAUGGUCGCUCUAGUCGGCGGAGAUAACUCCGUUGACCUCAUCGUCGCUGCACAAGCCGUUCACUACUUCGAUCUCCAACCAUUCUACAACAUAGCCAAACGUGUUCUUCGCAAAGAAGGAGGUUUAAUCGCAGUUUGGGUAUACAACGACCUAGUCAUCUCCCCUGAAGUCGACGCCAUCAUGAAACGUCUCGUGGACUCCACGUUUCCGUAUAGAACUCCCGUUAUGAAUCUUGCGUUUGACGGCUAUAAGACGAUGCCGUUUCCUUUCGAAAGUAUUGGGAUGGGGUCAGAAGGGAAGCCUAUACAGCUUGACAUUCCACAUAAGCUUUCUCUUAAAGGGUUUGUAGGGUUCUUGAGAUCUUGGCAGCCUGCUAUGAAAGCUAAAGAGAGAGGUGUUGAGCUUGUAACUGAAGAUUUGAUCAAUCAGUUCGAAGAUGCUUGGGGUGAUGAUGAUGAUGUUAAGGACAUUUUCUACAAAGCUCAUAUGAUUGUUGGCAAACUCUCGUCUGCAGAUAUAGAACGUCAUCGAAAGAGAUUUGAAUCAAACUGUGUGGUUACUAAACUGAAAGAUAGUAACAACUCAGCUGUUAUUGCUUCAGUGACGGCUGCUGCGUUUGCUGGAGUGGCAGCUUACUGUGCCUACUCUGCGAGGAAGAACACGUAACAUAUUGAUAUAUACCUUUUGAUGGACAAGAAUCGUUUUAAUAAAAUCUUUUGAAGGCUAUUGCUAAUAACUCUAUCGAGAAUGUAUACAUGUAGUCAUGUAUUUGUGUGUUUGUCAUUGAACGGAACAUUUCUUUUACCAUCUCCAUCCCAUUUAUGCGUGACUUUAAAUAGACCAUUGUGUUGGUGCAAGGUUUUAAUAAUUAUUGAUAUCGCUUAUGGUCUU